AUGACGGCCGCCAACACAGACACUGAGCUGCUGACAGAGCACUUUGGAUACCCCCCAGUUUCGCUCCUGGACGAGAUCAUCAACAGCAUCAACGUCAUCGCCGAGCGCGCCCUUGUUAGUGUCGAGCAGGGCCUCCUCAACGCACCAGCACAAUACCUCGGCUUUGGGAAGCCACCAAAUCCAGCAGCAAAUACCAAAUCGAAGAGGAGGGGCAGACAGAAGCCACCACCCGAGGAUGCAAAUCUCGACCUGUCCCCGGAGGCGAUCGAGCAGCGGCGACACGAUGAGAUUUCAAGUGGCACACACCAGCUCGAGACGCUGCUGUGUACGUCUAUCGAUCGCAACUUCGACAAGUUUGAGCUGUACGUGAUGCGUAAUAUCCUCUGUGUCAAGCCGGACGAUAGGGACUGGCUACGGCUGGGGCACUACGAAGGGUUGAACUUCGACAAUCUACCCACAAGUACAGCGGGGAGGGACAACAAAGAUGGCGGCGCCGACAGCAUGGAUGUGGACACACCAGACCGGCCGACAGUCGAGUCCGUCAACCGCCUGCGCCGCAGGCUACAGGCGUCCCAGAAGCUCAAUACCAUGAUGCACGCCGAGAAGGCGCGCAACGACGCGCUCCUCAGCGAGCUGCGGUCGCUGGUCGGCAGGGUCGGCGCGAAGGGACCUAGGACGUCCGGCGCGCCAGUCGUCGAGGGCGGCGCCGAACCACAAGCGGAAUCGGGAUCGAAACCGCCCUUUGCCUUCCUACACGAGCGCGGCGACCUCACCCUCGCCGACGCAAACACCCCGCUCACCACCACGACCGCCUUCUCCCUGUCGCAGCUGCAGGCGCUGCGCGCCUUGUCGACGUCGCUGUCGAAUAUACUGCCGAACCUGCAGGGCGGCAAUGGGGAAGGCGAUGGCGGCGCCGGCGGGCGGCGGACCUGGCGCAAGGAGCGCGUCGAGUAUGUCGAGGGCGCGGCGCGGAAACACCUUGAGAGCGUUAGGGGUCUGGAGUUGGGCAGGGAUGGGGAGGUGCGGGAUGGAGAGUGGCAGGGCGAGGGUAGGAGGUUUGCGGGCGGUGAGGUAGCGGCUCUCGAAGGGGUUGUAAAUGCGCUUGGUGGCUCUGGUGUCGGCGGGGGAGCUGACAAGAUGGAUGAGUAA